CACAAAUCUUGUUUCAACCGAGAUAAAUAAUCAGACGGACCGCUGUUCACGUUGGUUGGUUGAGGGUCAAAUGUUUUGAUUAUGUGCUGGUAGUGUCAUCGAAAUGUCUAGUUUCUCCAGAUCUGCCCAGCAAUGGGCGACCUUUGCUCGGUCCUGGUUCGUGAUCGACGCCAGGAUGCAGCCUCCUGGGAAGAUCGCGACCAUGUGUUCUAUCAGACUACAGGGGAAACACAAGCCUAUCUACCAUGCACUGAGUGACAUUGGUGACCAUGUAGUAGUAAUAAACUCCAAACACAUAGCUUUCUCUGGAAACAAAUGGGAGCAGAAGGUCUACUCGUCACACACAGGGUAUCCAGGCGGAUUCAAACAACUCACAGCCGCUCAGAUGCACCAGAAAGACCCCAAAGCUAUUGUGAAGUUAGCUGUUUACGGCAUGCUGCCUCGGAAUCUGCUCCGGCGCACCAUGAUGCAGAGAUUACACAUCUUUCCUGAUGAUGAGCUGCCAGAAGACAUCCGGGCCAACCUGACGGAGGAGCUGCCUCAGCCCAGAGACAUCCCCAGGAAGCUUAGCGAGUACACACAGGAGGAGAUUGACGCCUUCCCUAGGCUGUGGACGCCGCCUGAGGACUACAAGAUGAAAUGAAAACCAACGGCCCAACGUGACCAAAGCUUAAAAGGUUGUUUUUUUCUGUUGGCGUCAGAGACAGCAAAGCAACAUAUUCCUGUUUAUAAGACACUUGACAAAAUAUUGUGACACCUUUUCUAGGAUUUGCAGAGAAAGAGAAUCCGACUUUCUUUUAUGGGGUGAAACAUUACUGUAAAACGGGGUCGGAAUAUGUGGCAACAACAAUCAAAACUUGACUUUAGUAAAGCACUGUAAAGUUAUAAUCCAGCAACAAAAACUCUUACUUUACAAAACACACUUUUCUUUUCGUCAUGUUACACCUGACAGAAGAUCUAAAUCAUCCAGCAGCACCUCAGAAAUGUGUAUUUUUAUUUUACGACCAUACAAUAAUCAGAGAAGGCCUGUGAAAGAGUGAAAUCUGUAAAAGCUGAGUCUACCUUUUGAGGUUUGUGCGUUCACAGCAAAACAAAGUUACAGUGCUCCCAGAACCAAGACCGGGCCAUCACGGGGGAUUCAGUACUAUAUGUUUGAGUUGGUCGACAAAUCUUGAAUACGUUGUCUUAUAGUGUGUAUGACAUUUCCACUGCUUUAAGUGUGAACCAAUUCUGUUUAUGUGAACUGUAAAACACCCUAAUAAACAAUUCACCAAACCUGUCCUCGUUAAGAACGGUUUUAUAUCAGUCUAAUUAAAGUUGAACAAAUGACCUAAA